AUGCGGCUGAUUGAAGCCCUCCAAAGGCUGCGUGAUGGCAAGCUCAUCUACGGCAAAGAUACUGGACAGGCAGAGUUGCUUCAGGGCAUGUGCGCCAAGUACAAGUGGCCGAUGGAUUGGGGAGACCCAGCGAAAUCCGUCCCCAUUCCCUGCGAGAUGGUCCACAUGGGUGUCGGCCCGUCGUGCGAGCUCCAUGCGUUGAGCCGUUUCUAUCGGUCGUGGAAGUGGUCCAUGGCCAUGUACCUCCCGCUGAGCAUGGCGCUCCUCGUACGGGGGCCCAUCAACAAGAAGAGCCUCGUACGGGCUCUGCUCUCCGCGUCGCGGUCGUCGGCAUUCUUAGGGACAUACAUUACCUUGUUUUAUUAUGGCGUGUGCCUCGCGAGGACCCGACUUGGGCCUCACAUCAUUGGCAAGGACCGGGACGCGAGACAGACGAUCGACGCGGGAUUCUGCGUCGGUACGGGAUGCUGUAUCUGCGGCUGGAGCGUUCUCGUCGAGACGCAAAGCCGUCAGAAGGACAUGGCUCUCUUCGUUGCCCCCCGAGCCAUGGCUACGCUGCUGCCACGCCGGUAUGGCAUGGACAAGCAGUGGAGAGAGACGGUUGUGUUCGCUGCUAGCACGGCGAUAGUAUUUACCUGCAUCUUGGAGAACCCAAAGCGUGUAAGAGGUGUUCUUGGUAGUGUACUUGGAUUGGUGUUGCGAAACUAG